AUGUGCUCUUUCUUACCCGAUUUCAAGACAUUCAACCGAACCAAAGGAGGAUUGAUCCGAUUGGGAGAUCCACAGCCGCUCCAAUUUGCGGCCACUGCAGAUGUCUAUCUGGAUGUCUUGCUUAUUUGGAUGGUACUACGACACUACGCUCUACCGGACUCAUCUCCUCCUCGAGUUUUCAAAAUCGCAGGUAUGUUUAUUAGUUCUUCUUCUUCCUAG